AACUUGAUAGUCACAAUGGUGUCUAUUUUUGGAUUUUUUAAUAUACAUCUCUUUUUCUACUCCGAAACGACGCCGUUUACAAUUUUUAAAAUAUCUCUCAAUUCCCCAAAUCAGAACACGAUCAGUUCUAAUCCCAAGCCCUUCGAUGCCUCUCUCUCUCUCAAGAUUUGCUUCUAUAGUCAUCUCCUCCGACCUCCGUUAGCCCCUGCCCAGAAGAUCGUCUCUCUCAAAGGGCUUCAUCUUGUUUGUGUUACAAUGAAGAGAUUUUACCCUUCAGUAUCUUCCAAGUUGCCACAACCAAGUUCAUACUCUCCAAUUGCUACUUCCGUGGAACAAAAUUUGAACCGAUUAGAAGAGCAACCUCAAUCCUCUAAAAGACAAAGACAAGGAAUAGAUCUUGAUUCUUUACUGACUGAUCCAAAGGAGAGAAUACCCAUUAGAGAUUAUCAUCCAAAUGAGCGUGAUGAGAUUAAAAGAGAAUAUCUCCGAAGAGGUCCUUGCCAACCCCGACAUCAUAAGUUUCCUCAAAGAGAUUUUUCGGGCUUAAAGCGCCGUUUCAAUCCUAAAUGGUUUGAUGAAUAUCGUAAUUGGUUGGAGUACAGUGUGAUAGAAGAUGCAGCUUAUUGUUUGUGUUGUUACCUGUUUCAAGAUGAAGACAUUCAUCAAGGCGGAGGCGAUGUAUUUUCAAGUUUAGGAUUUAAGAGUUGGCAAAAAAAGAAGAGAUUCGAUAUGCAUGUUGGCAAGUCGAGCAGUAUUCAUAAUCAUGCAAAAAGGAAAUGUGAAGAUCUAAUAAAACAAAAGCAGUCAAAUCAAACUUCAUUUGAUAGGCAUUCCAGUCAAACCAAGCUUGAAUACAAAAUUCGCUUGAAGGCUUCAAUUGAGGUUGUGAGACUCCUGUUGAAUCAAGGAUUGGCAUUUCGUGGACAUCGUGAAGAUGAAUCAUAAUUAAACAAGGGCAACUUUCUUGAGAUUCUUUCAUG